UUUUAACAAUUUCCGUCACUUUUUCUUUCCUUUUCUUGUCUCAAAAUCUUUGUGUUUGUUUCCUCUCUCUACUAAAACCCAAAUUCUUCCCUUUCUUUAGCAAAUCUUACUAGAUUUCGGUGUAUUUCUCACAAGAUUUGAAGUAAAAUUAUGGGAGGAAGUGGUGCUUCAACUUUUCUUAAGGUUGUGAUUCAAAAUUUUGAUGUUCUUGCUGGGCCUGUGGUUAGUCUUGUUUAUCCACUGUAUGCAUCCAUCAAAGCUAUUGAAAGCAAGUCUCCCAUUGAUGAUCAGCAAUGGCUCACUUACUGGAUUCUAUAUUCCAUGAUCACUCUUUUUGAGCUCACCUUUGCGAAAGUAAUUGAAUGGAUCCCUAUCUGGUCAUACGCCAAGCUGAUUGCAACUUGCUGGCUGGUCAUACCUUACUUUAAUGGCGCUGCAUAUGUUUAUGAGCAUUUCGUAAGACCAACAUUUGUGAAUGCUCAGAACCGUACUGUUAAUGUCUGGUAUGUACCGAGGAAGAAGGAUGUCUUCAAUAAAAAAGAUGACAUUAUAACAGCUGCGGAGAAAUACAUUCAGGAGAAUGGAGCAGACGCUUUUCGAGAUAUUAUUGAUAAGGCUGAAUACAGAGGGACAAAAACAAGGAAUGAUUAUGGCAUUUUCGAAAACGAUUACCAAUACUGAGAACAGCGACCUGGUGACUGUGCAAUUGACGAUCAUGUAAUCCCCCUCACCAUAUUUUGAAAACAAGCCGUGGUGAUAUUUUCAGUCGAUCAUUUUGGCUUCUUAUUACGUUUAUAAUAUGUGUGCUGUGUUUAUGAUGUAAUUAUCAUGCCGUUUGUAUCUUGUUUUUAUUUUUAGAUUUUAGCUUAACGAAGGUGACUGCACAAAACAACUCUUAUGUAUGUCUGUUUGGAAAUACAUACUAGAGCAGUCUAACAUAGAAAAUAAGUCUCUUUUGGCUUUUGAAUUUUAACACCUAUGUACUCGUAGUCGUAGCUGCUAUCUUAUUCCAAUACGAUAGUAGUUACUCGGUUUAAUACAUGUUCCUCGACUGACUUUUUCUAUAUCAGAAAUUGCCGUUGAUUUUCUUCAAA